AUGGUGCAGCCUCGUACCUUCACGUUCAAUUCAGGAUUCCUAUUGAGUAUCUUCUCAGGACUCUAUGUAUUGAAAUGGAGCCGAGUUUCUGGAUUCUCUUCACACUUUUCAACGCUGCGAGAUUCCAACAUUCGCAUCAGCACCAAACUGUUUGCUGAUAGAGAGAUCGAUGAUGAGAAUGAGCAUCCCUUGGGGAGCCAAUCUUUUCUUUCGCACGUAAUGUUGAAGGUUCCUUCCGUUGAUAGAACUGUCGCAUAUUGGAUAGAAAAGGGUGGGACAGUCCGAGUUCAAACAGAAAAGCCUGGAUCCAGCAAUGGCUCAACAGAAUUGAAAUCUGCGAUGUUGGAGCUCGGAGCUCUGAACAACGACAAAGACAAGUCGCCUUGUUUUGCCCUCGAACUUAUCGCUACUAAUAAUGAAAACUGGAAGUUAGGAAAUGAAAUAUCAUACAUUGGGGUUUCUAUGCUUUUACAAUUCCAAAACAACUUGUUGGGCGCUAUCAAAGGGGACAAACCAGAGUCACAAGGCGACGAACCCAACGGAAUUCCUGUUGAAUCAUCAGCCUCUGCGCCAGGAGAUCUAUUGUCCCGAUUCGCCCUUCAAUCACAAAAUUUGGAAGAAUGUGAAGACUUCUAUACAAAAGUGCUCGGCAUGGAAGUCAAGGGCAAAGACGAUAAAAUGAUGUGUCUUCGAUAUGAUAACGAUGUGUUCAAGGCGGGAGUACCAACUACUCUUAUCUUUGAUGUUACAGAAGAGACUAUUGAAUCAGGGAACUGCUUUGAUCACUUGGCUAUUGUGACAAAGGCCAGUAUUCCGGAUCUAUAUGCUCAAAGUCAGAAUGAUUCAAAGCUGAAAAUUUUCAUGAAACCAACCACGAUGUUUGGGAAAGACGUGAUGGGGCUCAUUGAUCCAAAUGGCUACAAGGUCGUAGUAGCUAGCAUGUAG